CAAGCGUAUCUAUGGAAUGAUCGUUGUCUGAGCAGGAUGUGUUAACCGUAAACACACCCUAUUUCAUUCUCUAGCAAUAAACUAUUUUUUUAGUGUGAAUUUAGCAAUAGAAAAAUCUCACAACCGUCGACAACGCACAAGUUAGCAGUAAGGAUCCGGAAUUAGUGAAAUUUAGUACGAACAAUGAUGCCCGAAUAGCCGUUUCUUGGGUGACUAUAAUUAGGGAUUUUUCUAAGCAGUUUUCUUUCUUCCUUGAUUAUAUCCGAAACGAAGCACUUUGUGAGUGGUUGAGUGAGUUCUCAAACGUCGGUGCAAUGUGUGUAGCGUGUAGUUAACAAAAUAGAGAAUAACAUUUCCUUAGCUGUGAAUGUGAUGCAUGAAGUGUGAUGUAUAUUUUGAAAUAUCCUGAUGCUCAAUGAAAAUAAACGCGAUGUGUGAAGCGAUAACGAAAGGUGCACUUUGAAUGUAGUGACGUAGCCAUUUAUACAAGAUGCGUUAUGAGUUUCUUAACGAUUCAAUAUAAUUUUACGUGAAUUGAGUACAAGAUGCAAUGUAAAUAGAAGUAAACUAAGUACAAGAUAGUGAAACUACAAUAGAUAAAUUGAGGAAAAAACGCAACAUUUUUUUACAACUGGAGCUUCGUAAUGAGAUGAAAGAUACAACACAAACACAGGAUUCAUCAAUAAUUAUAUAAAUAUACAUAUUUCUCUCUCCUCUUAAGAUGACUGAUUCCAAAGAGCUGCUAUAUCUGCGUCUGCUCCGCGAGGAGCUCAGUGAUCUCGACAUCGAGGACAUAAAGGACGACCUCAUCAGCAUGAGAAUUUUCAGCGAGGCUGACUGCAACGACCUACUGAAAGAGUCGAACGAUCACCGAUUGGAUCUGAUGUUCACCAUUCUCGACCAGAAGUUGCACAGUGGCCAGGUAAUGGUCGUCAAACAAUUCAUAGACAUUCUCAAGCCAUACUAUCAAUGGAUUGCCGAUAGAUACGAGGAGAACGUGAACGGGGGUGUGACUAUGCCGAUAAGUCGUUACCUGUCCUAUCGCAACAAUACCACAAUGCCUAACGUGGACGAACUCAAUGUUUAUCGGCGUGAUGAUCUCUGGCAAAUUCAAAAGCAUCUCAAGUUACUAAAACACGGUGUUAAUGGUCAGCGAUACCUUUUUGUCUACGGUGGUCUCGGGACAGGCAAGUGGACACUAGUCAAUCAAGCAUGUGAAAAUUUCUCCAUCGUAGAACACAUGGGUUACAAUAUCUUCUAUCUAAGUUUGGCGAACUGUCGGGCACCAGAACAGAUCUUAGAGCUUUUAGAAAAUCUAAGCAUUCAAAUGGAAACCGAUUACAAAUCUGACGAUGUAACGUACAAUGGGCGCUAUCCAACAAACGAAAUCCAUCUACGCAAACGUCGACUGCUUCAACUUUUCGAGGAUCGCUUCCGAAACAGUCUACUGAUCCUCUCACACGUGCGCGAUCCCGCACUUAUAAAAGCAUUUGAUCUGAAAUGCAAAACUUUAGUGAUUACCAGCAAUAAGGAUGUGAUUACUAGCAUCAAUGAGAACGAACGCUUCGUUGUUACACUGAAGCAUGGAUUUACGGAAGAUGAAAGCAUGGAGCUAUUUGGGAUAGCACUUCGUCUUAAAGCGCGUCAUCUGCCCUCGGAAGCCCACGAAAUACACAGGACCUGCAAGGGCAAUCCAUUUGUAAUCAAACUAAUAGCAAAGAAAAUGUCGGAAUACAGCAACACACUGGAAAAUGUUUCCGAUGAGCAUGUGAAGAUUUGGCAGAAGUUGGCAAAUGACCUAAAGAAACGCUCGAUCACGAUCGAGAACAGAACUAUCAAGGCAAUCCUCGAGCAACUCAGUGAGGAAGAGCAGCAGGCUUUCCGUGAUCUGGUGAUCUUUAGGGAUAAUGUAAAAAUUCCUCAGAGUGUCCUUCAACGCUAUUGGGGACUGUCAUUGGAACAAACAGAAUCACUAGCCACUAGAUUGAUCAAUAAGGGCCUACUGGACAAGCGCUAUUGUAAAGAUCAGCAAACUUUCUACGUAUUGCACUAUGUAUGUUAUAGCUUCUUACUAAAAGAAAAACCAGAUGACAAUCACGCUAACCUCCAUCGUCGAUUGGUUGACAGUUAUAGAAUAUCAGAAGCUUUGAGCGACCGAACCGAAUUGGAUCUAUUGAAAUUUUUCCCAAAUGACAGUUACUUUCAUUUUUACAUCGCAAAUCAUCUGGAGAAAUCUGAAAUGUACAAACUGUUUCCAAGUCUGUUUUUGGAUUUCGGUUUCCUGGAACAAAAACUGCGAUACACUGGACUUCCCAACACCGUCGGAGAUCUGCGGUUGUAUCAGGAACACAUUUUUACCGACGUAGAAGAUUCCGAAACAUUCGCUGAAGUGUUGACCGAAUUUCUCAUGGGAGCGGAAGUGUUGUUAUCCAAAUCGGCUGAUACGUGUCUGUUGCAGUUGGCUUUAAACUGCCGAGGGGUAAUAGCUACCAAAGCGAAGAUUCAAGCAAAUCAUUAUGACAACCGUAUUUGGUUCUGUGAUAUUGAUCGCACUCACCAGCACCAGUUGGUACAAGUAAGUCGUGCUCCAAUAAAAGUUCGUUUCCAGGACCCGGGAUCAGCACUUGUUAGUUUGGACAAUAACCAAAUUUCCUUGGUAGAUCUUUCACCGUGGUAUUCGGCACCGGUGACAAUAUUUGAGGGCAAUCAAGGCUGUGUUAAAGAAAUGCAGAUUACGAGCAAUAUUCUCGUUGCUUUAGAUGAGAGCGGUUGCCUCAAUGUGUGGUCGAUGAAAAACGUUCCGGUAGAUCGAAACGCUCGGCAGUAUGAAUAUGACAGUAUGAAUCAUCGGCCACGAAGUCAAAUGAUACGUCCCCACGAUCCAGUCGACCGAUUCACCAGUUUUUGCUUAACGCCUGAAAAAAAGAAUGCGUCCGGUAUAAGCCAGUGUGAAAUGUUUUCAAUAACUGAGAAUGGGUUCCUAUAUAUCUACAGCGGUUCGAGUACGUUUAGUGAAAAUCCGCGUUGCAAUACCAAGAUCAAGAACACCUACAUUAUUAAACCGCUGAUUGACAAUCCUAGACGUAUUCCAAAAUUACUUCUUCUCACAAAAGACAACCUGGGAUUCAUAUUCAAUUUGAAUUCCACCAGUAUUGAAUACCGUUUCGAAGAAUCACAAGUCGUGAACAUCCACUAUAUGGGAAAUGCCCUAGUAUCGGUUUCACCGAACCAAAUUCGACUGCGAACAUUCAACCGUAAUCAACGCAAUCUACUUGAAACAAAUCAACUGGAAAUAAUUUACGAAACACCUGCCCACCAUCGGAACACGUGCAGUGCCAUCUCCGAUGACUACGAAUACAUUAUUCUGGGUACUACUCAGGGUAUUUCAAUAUUUAGUAUUCGGGACCACGUCGAAGUUUUGCGAACUAACAUCAGCCACAACAUACUCGAUGUAGACAUCUACUCCCUGGAUGAUGACCAGUACCGGUAUAUUCUAAUCUCCUCGUCAGAAGACAGCGGCAACGUAAUCAAUAUGUACUCUCUAAUGGUGAUGGGCAACAACCAGUUGGUCAGUAAUCAGUAUCAACUGCAGGGCAAUACAAAUUUCCUGGCAGAUUUGGAUCAUGAACCAGCCACAGUCAGAACAGUUGAUCGCAAGCGUUUCAUUCAGGAAUUACAGUAUACCGAUUCCCAAGACAGGGACGAUUUUAGAAAACUAAGUUCACCGGUGGAGGGUACACCGUUGGUCAGCGAAGUCAAACAUUUGAUACAAUGUCGAUCCCGGUAUUAUGUUGGUCUAAAAAAUGGUGAAGUGUUACGAUUGAAUGAAUGGGCCAAUCCUACUGACGGAGAGAAAGCAGAAACAAUUUUGAGUUUGGGAAAGGCUAUCAACGUGCUGAAGUAUUACGAUGACCUUCAGAUACUAGUUGCGGCGACGGAGGAGAGCUGCAUGAUAUUGUUUGAAGGAGAAUCGGAUCUCGAAAUUGAAGAAGAAAUUUGCGAGUGUUAUCUCUUCAUGGACCGGUAUUUGGUCCUAGUGUACGAAAAAUGUACUGUGAAGGUAGGUAGGGGGGAAACAGAAUUGAUUUUGAGAAUCUAGAAAACAAAAUGUUUUGUAAAUAUACUAACGUCUUCAGUCUUAAAGCAGCUGAUCAAGAGGCUUUUCAGCAUUGAGACACAGGUACUGUAAGAUAUGUAGUCGUAAUUUUCGAGAUCAUGCGGCUAGUAUUUGUGUUUUUCUUUUUUCUUGUAAAUAAGCUGAUUCGCCAAAAUUCAACAGGUACUAGGGAGGGGUUUCAUAGUUAAAGGCUGACUAAAACUAAAUUGAUAAGCGCAGAAUGACCAUGACAAUUCGUGAUUCAAUAAGUUUAAAACGUUCAUUAUUAGCUACUCCGCAGUACAUUUAUUAGAACUUCAAAGUUUCAGCAUUAGAUGUUUACAUUAAAAUCUCGAACCUUCCUCUUGAUGGAGCUCAUCAGCGCCCGCUCAUUUGCUAGAUACAUUUGACUGUUGCAGUAUUACUUAGCUUGGGAACAAAAUCAAUCCUGUUGACAGCAUACAAAUCCAAAACGUGGUGCUGGCCAAAUCGUACCAAAGGAUGACUGCGUCCUUAUGCUUGCGGAAGAACGGUAAUACACGUUUUUUCAUGCAUUCUUUGUUGUGAACUCGGGAUGUUAUUGUCGAGGAUGUGACGAAUGUUUCCGUUUCAAGCCAAAACUGCAAAUCGUUUGCCAUAUCAUGGCCUUCUUCGCGAAGUUGUCGGCAAAAUGAAGCAGAUUAAAAUUGUGUUUUAGGUAUGUGUCAUCGAUCAAAGUGUGUUUCGUCAAAACACGAUCGUACAAGACGAAACUUGUAUGAUUUUCGACUACGGAAUUCUGCUUCAUUUCCCGAUUCGGCGAUGUUUACUACCAUCGUACGACUUGUAUUUUUCUCUAGCAAGGAUGUUCCGCACUGUUUUAAAAUUGGAGUUGUACCUCCUGGUCACAUAUCGUAUAGUAGAAAAAAAAAUGAUGGACUUUUUUGGGGAAUUGUUUUGGGAUCCAAAAAAUGGAGUUAUCCGAAUUUUGCAUAAAGCACUUUUUAAUAUGUAUAUUCAAGUACAAAAAAAUGAUCAGUGUUAAAGACUGAAAAACAAAAUGGUGGCUUGGCGGUAUUUCCGCGAAAGUGCUGCAUUUUGACGGAAAUUCAGCUCCCGCAAUUUUCGAUCCAGAACAGUACCAGUUCCUUAGUUAACAGUUCCGAUCCUUAGUUCCAGUUUUUUUCCGUAGGUCUGCUGACUUCUUUCCACACUCAAUGUUUCGUAGGUUUUUGGCAUUCGAGAAAUUGUCGUUUUCGGUAUCUUUAGUACUUUAGCUAGCAAGUAAUCACUCCGGAUUUUUGAGGUGCUGUGCACAGUAUUUUAUCUUCUUUCGAGUUUCAUUUGACGUUAAUUCUGAACGUAAUCAAACCAGUUGUUUUAUACAGAAGUGUAACCAAAUUACUGUCAUCGAUUUUCGAAUCUCGACAUCAGAGGCGUGCUAAUGGGGAACGAUUGGCAUACCAAUUUACUUUAGUCAGCCUUUACAGAAUGGUUUUAUAGUUAUUUUAGUUGAGAAAAAGCAAUGCAUCACUAGAGCAAUAAUUAUUUUGUGCAAAAAUAUUUUUCCUACCUACUGUAACCUCGGAUAAAUAGCACAAAAUAGCGAUAUAAUACUACCCGACCAAUAUUUCGCUCCACUGUUUCAAACAAUGCAAAAAUUUGGACCAUUCCAUCAACUUUUGUUCGAUACACAACAUAAGUUUAAAAUUCACUGGAAUAGUUUUUAAAGUUAUCCUCAAAAAGUUUUCUUGAAUUAACGUUUCCGGAUGUUUUCUUCAUCAUUUCAUUUAACAGAUCAUUGUUUGUUAGGGAAUUACAGAGCUUUUGAAAGUUGGAUUUUUUACGUUUUGGUUAUAAUCAACAAGAAUCAGUUUGCCGUCUGCUUCAUACACGUUCAUGUACCUAGGGAAACCGUUGCCUUGACAGACAGUAGCUUGUUUUUCAAUUAUAAUUCUUGUGACUACCAGCGAUCACAAUAUUUGUAACUCCUAUUCAAAAUUAAAAUUCCAUUCCCAUUCCAAUAUCCUUUCUCUUCUGAGUUACUGUUAGGCAUCCUUGAAAAUAUGAAAAUAUGAUGUGUGCCAAAUCAACAGACUUGCCCAUGGCACGCUUCCGUAUAUGAAGAAACGUGUGGCAUCCUGUUACUUGACUACUUAGAAAGAAAAGAGGGUUUCUGUCCCAGUGGUAUAUGUUAAAUCUGCUUGUCUUGAAAAAAAGUCCACCAAUGAAAA